AUGUGGGGCCAAGCAUCAGCCGAAGAGGCCUUCCGUCGUGCCCCUGGCGAGAUCUUCCCAGACUCGCUCCACCGGCGCGAUGAGACGCAAUCACCAGCAGAUCAAGCCCACGAUGGUGAUUCCACCGACGCGACGAAAGCACCGCCCAGCCCAGAAGUCAGCGGCGUAUGGGGCGAGCGGGAAGUUGGCGGCCCCGUCAGCCAACGGGAAGCCAUGCAGGACUUUGAGGAGCUCACAACACGACUGACGGCCACACGCUCCCGAGCCACCUCGCACAAGUCUGCCAAGAGCCAGAAGAAGAGCUUCUUCCAGCGGGUGGCCUCCCACGCAAGCGGCAUAUCAAGGCGAGCCACUGGCACGGCAAGCGGAGCGCAACAAGCCAAGGACGAAGAGACGGCCACAGUUGAGGAUGAAGACCUCUCUGACAAGGAGGAUGAUGUUGACGGCGAUAGCACCGAGACGGAUGACUUCCCCCUGGAGCAGUUCAUGCGCGACGGGCACCUCGAAAAACGGACUGAGUCUGGCGAGUCGACCAAGAAGUUGGGCGUCGUCUUCAAGAACGUCACCGUCAAGGGCGUCGCGACCGGGGCAAGUUUUGUCCGGACACUGCCCGAGGCGAUUCUCGGUACCUUCGGUCCAGACCUGUACGGCAUUCUCUGCCGGUUUUUCCCUGCACUGCGGCCGGCUAACAAGGGAGGCCAACUGCGCACCCUGCUGCACGAUUUCACGGGGGUUGUCCGGCACGGCGAGAUGAUGCUUGUCCUUGGCCGGCCUGGUUCCGGGUGCAGUACGUUUUUGAAGGUCAUUGCCAACAACCGUGAGUCGUACGCGGUUGUUGAGGGGGAGGUGUCGUACAGCGGGAUCUCGGCUGAGGAGGCGAGGAAGCAUUACCGUGGCGAGGUGGUGUAUAAUGGUGAAGACGACCAGCACAUGCCGAGUUUGACGGUGGGGCAGACGUUGAAGUUUGCGCUGAUGAACAAGACGCGGAAGAACCUGCGGGGAGAUGUCGGCACGAUCAUUGAUGCGUUGCUGAGGAUGUUUGCCAUCAAACACACCGAACACACCCUCGUCGGGAAUGCUUAUGUGAGAGGCGUUUCCGGCGGUGAGAGGAAAAGGGUCAGCAUCGCCGAGACACUGGCUACCAAGAGCACCAUCGUCUGCUGGGACAACUCCACCCGUGGUCUCGACGCGUCGACAGCGCUGGAUUAUGCCAAAUCCCUGCGCAUCAUGACUGAUGUCUCGGACCGGACGACGAUUACGACUCUCUACCAGGCCGGUGAAGGGAUCUAUGAGCUGAUGGACAAAGUCCUAGUCAUUGAAGAGGGCCGCAUGCUGUACCAGGGCCCGGCCAAGGACGCGAAGCGGUACUUUGAGGAGCUCGGCUUCUACUGCCCCCCGCGACAGACCACGGCAGACUUCCUUACGUCGAUAUGCGACCCGAACUCCCGGCAAUUCCGUGAGGGCUUUGAGAAGCGCGCUCCCAAAACCGCCGAGGAGCUUGAGAAAGCCUUCCGUGCCAGCGAGGCGUACAAAAAGGUCCUUGCCGACGUGGCGGAGUUCGAGCAGCAUCUCGAAGCCACGCAGCACGCGGACAUGCGGACCUUCAAGGAAUCCGUGCAGCAGCAGAAAUCGCGGCGGGUGCUGGCCCGGUCCAACUACACCAUCCCCUUCUGGAAACAGGUCCUGGCCUGCGCGGAACGGGAGCUGUGGCUCAUCUGGGGCAACAAGACGGAGCUGUACUCCAAGUACUUCACCAUCAUCAGCAACGGGCUCAUUGUCGGCUCGCUGUUCUAUGACACGCCGGCGUCGACGGCGGGGACGUUUCUGAGGGGCGGUGCCGUCUUCUUCAGCAUUGUCUUCCUGGGCUGGCUGCAGCUGGCCGAGCUGAUGAAGGCUGUGAGUGGCCGGAUUAUUGUCGAGCGCCACAAGGAGUAUGCUUUCUACAGGCCGAGUGCGGUCAGUCUUGCCCGCGCGCUGGUUGAUCUGCCGAUUCUGGUGGCGCAGGUGGUCGUGUUUGGCGUGCUGCUGUACUUCAUGUCCGGGCUGGAUCUGCAUCCGGGCAAGUUUUUUAUCAGCUUGCUGUUUGUCUACACGACCACGUUCUGUCUCACGGCGCUGUACCGCAUGUUUGCGGCGCUGUCGCCGACGAUUGAUGAUGCGGUGCGGUUUUCGGGGCUGGCGUUGAACGUGUUGGUCAUGUUUACGGGGUAUGCCAUCUCAAAGCCGGUGCUGUUGGGGCAGAAGAUUUGGUUUGGGUGGUUGACGCAUAUCGAUCCGCUAAGCUACUCCUUUGAGGCAUCCGUCUCGAACGAAUUCCACGGCCGGAUGAUGGAGUGCGCGCCCCAGCAACUGGUGCCCCAGGGUCCUGGUAUCCUGCCCGAGAACCAAGGCUGUGCGAUUGCCGGCGCCCGACUGGGCAGCACAAGCGUCCUCGGUGAUGACUACAUCGGCAGCGCAUUCGAUUACAGCCGGGCGCAUCUGUGGCGCAACUUUGGCGUUCUGAUUGCGUUUUCCGUCCUCUACCUCCUCAUCACGGUUGUGGCGACAGAGAUGAUUUCCUUUGGCGGCUCAGGCGGCGGCGCUCUCGUCUUCAAGAAAUCCAAGAGAACCGCCAAGAAGGUCAAGAUCGCGGCGGCACCCCCCGACGAAGAAACCGGCAACACCACAUCAGGCGACACCUCCUCAACCGCAGUCUCAACCACCGGCGGCGACGACAGCCCGCUCAAGACCCUCACCAAAAGCGACCGUGUCUUUACCUGGGAGAACCUGUCUUACACAAUCCCGACCCCGGCCGGCCCGAAGAAGCUCCUCAACGACAUCAACGGCUACGCCAAGCCCGGCGUCAUGGUCGCAUUAAUGGGCGCCAGCGGAGCCGGCAAGACAACCCUGCUCAACACACUCUCCCAACGCCAGACCGUCGGCGUAGUCUCCGGCAGCAUGCUUGUCGACGGUAAGCCGUUGGGGAGCGACUUCCAGCGCAGCACAGGCUUCGUUGAACAGAUGGACCUGCACGACGAGACGGCCACAAUCCGCGAGGCGAUCGAGUUUUCCGCCCUGCUCCGCCAGCCGCGGGAGACCCCCCGUCAAGAAAAACUCGAUUACGUCGACAAAGUGCUGGAACUGCUUGAACUGACCGACAUCCAAGACGCGAUCGUGGGUUCGUUGGGGGUGGAACAAAAGAAGCGGCUGACCAUCGGCGUGGAGCUCGCGGCACGGCCGUCCCUUCUCUUAUUCCUCGACGAACCGACCAGCGGACUGGACGCGCAAAGUGCCUUCUCCAUCGUUAAGUUCCUCCGCAAACUUUGCGCCGCAGGCCAGGCCAUCAUCUGCACCAUCCACCAGCCGUCGUCAGACCUGAUCCAGCAGUUUGACAAGAUCCUCGCCCUCAACCCGGGCGGCAACACCAUCUAUUUCGGCCCGGUCGGCGAACACGGCAGUGCCGUUGUGAAAUACUUUGCUGAUCGUGGCGUGCACUGUCCGCCGGGCCGGAAUGUCGCCGAGUUUUUGCUUGAGACGGCCAUCAAGGGCGGGAGGAGACCGGACGGGAAACGGAUCAACUGGAACCACGAGUGGCGCAAGUCAGAGGAGAAUAAGCUGCUCAUGGAGGAGAUCCAGCAACUCAAAACCGAGCGCAGCGCCGCUUCUCAAACCACUACCACCCCCGCCCCGGUGGAAGUGGAACGCGAAUUCGCCGCCCCCGUCUCCUCCCAAAUCCUCCUCCUCACCAAGCGCAUGUUCCUGCACCAAUGGCGCGAGCCAUCCUACCUCUACUCCCGCCUCUUCACCUCUGUCCUCGUCGGCAUCUUCAACGGGUUCACCUUCUGGAAACUCGGCGAGACCACCGCCGACAUGCAGUUCCGCAUGUUCACCUGCUUCCUGAUUAUCAUGAUCCCCGCGUCCGUGCUCAACUCGGUCCUGCCCAAGUUCUACAUGAACCGUGCCCUGUGGGAGAGCAGGGAGUAUCCGUCGCGGAUCUAUGGCUGGGUCGCGUUUUGCACGGCAGAGCUCAUCUCGGAGAUUCCGGGGAGUCUGGUCGCGGGUGUGGUGUACUGGUUGUUGUGGUACCUGCCUACGGGUCUGCCGUAUGAUGCCGGCUCGGCGGGGUAUGUGUUCCUGAUGACUUUCUUGUUCUUUUUGUUUCAGAGCAGUUGGGGCCAGUGGAUCUGCGCGUGGGCGCCGAAUUUUACGGUUAUCAGCAAUGUCCUGCCGCUCUUCCUGGUCAUCUUCGGCUUGUUUAAUGGUGUGGUGGUGCCGUAUGGGCAGUUGAAUGUUUUCUGGAAGUACUGGGUCUACUACCUGAACCCAAGCACGUACUGGAUCAGCGGCGUCCUCGCAGCCACCUUGGCCAACCAGCCCGUGCGCUGUGCUCCCAACGAAGCGGCGUAUUUCAAUCCACCCUCAGGCCAGACGUGUCUGCAGUUUGCUGGCGAGUUUGUGCGGCAAGCGGGGCAAGGAUACCUGAUGAACCCCAACGACACGGCCAACUGCGGCUACUGCCCGUACGAGAACGGGUCCGAGUACCUGAAGUCUUUGAACAUCUCGCCGGAUCAGAAAUGGAGGGACUUUGGGAUUUUCUUGGUGUUUUGCUUCACCAACUGGCUGCUGGUGUAUUUCUUCAUCUACACGGUGCGGGUGAAGCGUUCGACGCUGGGUUUUGGGUUUGUUUUGGGUCUUGUUGAGAAGGCUGUGGGCGCUGUCAAGGGGUUGUUCACGAGAAGGAGCAAAGAUGGUGAGGAGGGUCAAAAGGCUUGA